AUGGCGGCCGGGUCCCCGCGCUUGACGCACGUGUUAACCAGCAAGCCUGGUGAGCCACACCAAGCGGAUGAUCUUCCGCAAAAUGGUUCCCCAUGUUCGAAGGGGGCAACGAACUCGCCUCACAAGCAUGUUUCCUCGAUGUUCCAAUCAAUGAUGGACCAACUGGCGGAGCAGCAUGUGAAGGAGCUGGCAGCAAUAGUAUCUAUGAUGGAGCCGAAGCAGAAGGAGUUUGAAAACUCGAUGCAGUCCAUGCCUUUUGAACGUCGGAACAGCCGGGACAGUCAUCGCGAAAGUAAUCGGGAGAGUCGGCGGGACUCCAACUCUUCCAAGAACGACGACGACAAGAAGCGCCCUGUAUUGGCCAGGAGUGGAACAGUGGCUGCCCAGGUGAUGGUCAAGCAUCACCAGGACAUCCCAGAACUGCAUGCAGACGAGAUCCUCGAGGUUUUGGAAAAGAAUGCGGCUUGGCAGCAACAGCUCUUCGGCGAGGGAAGGUUCAACAUAUGUGUGCUUGCGUCCUUGCUUUCUUUGGAGCACUGGCGCAGGCCUGUGCGACGAAUGCAAACGGAUGAAGUGUGGGCUUUCGGCAUCAUGUGUGCGCCCACUGAGGAUUCAGAGUAUGUUCGGAGGAUGAGCCGCAUGACCCGCCUUGAGAAGGUGCAGCGCACUUUGCAAUCCCCGCAGUAUGAGAUGUUCAUGGCGUUGGUACUGUGCUUAAAUGUUGUUUGGAUGGCGAUCGAGUUGCAGCUAGAAGGUACAGUCACAGGACAGGAACUCAAUUUUUGGCAAGGAUCCACGUCCGCGCUGAGUCAGAGCCGUCCCGUUUGGGAUUCUGUUCUUCUCAUCGGCGAGAUUUGCUUCACGUCGUUCUUCGCACUGGAUGUAGUUUGCCGAAUUUGCAUCCUGGGCAGCUUGUUUUGGAAAGUUUGUCUGAACUACAUUGACGUGGCGGUCAGCAUCACGUCCAUCGUCGAGCUGUCCGUGACUGUCUCUUCGCAGCUGCCUGUGAGCCCCGUGUUGUUCCGGCUGUUGCGCCUGGGGAAGCUGGCACGCGCCAUCCGCGUCGUGUCAAUGUCAAGUGUUCUUGCAUCGCUGCAGCUGCUGGUCAAAUGCCUCGCGUCCAGCCGUGACAUGCUCUUCUGGAGUUUUUGCCUGCUGACCUUCGUGCAGUGUGUGGCCGGAAUGAUUUUGAGCACCCUCUGCGCCGAUUUCAUCAAUGACGCAGGCAACAACCUGGAAAUUCGCAAGGAGGUUUUUCUUCACUACGGAACGUUUACAAGAACAAUACUUUCAAUGUUUGAGAUAUUGUUCGCAAAUUGGAGUCCACCAUGCAGAGUGCUGGUGGAGAACAUUAGCGAAUGGUUCUCUGUGUUUUUUCUGCUCUACCGAUGUGUCCUGGGAUUUGCUGUGAUCAACGUAGUGAACUCUGUCUUCGUCCAGCAAACCAUGAAGACUGCCAGUUCCGACGAAGAGCUGGCCUUCAAGCAGAAGCAAAGAGAUAUGGACAUGUACACGAAGAAAGUGCGGAAACUAUUUCAGACAAUGGAUGCAUCAGGCGACGGAGCGAUAAAUCUGCAAGAGUUUGCCAAGUUGGUGAAAUCACCGAAGCUGCGGUUCUGGAUGAGCCAGCUGGAGUUGGAGUAUCACGACCUGUUGAGUCUCUUUGAGUUCCUGGACAAUGGUGAUGGACAGAUCACAUUGACCGAGUUUAUUGAAGGUGCGGCACGCUUGAAGGGCAGCGCGAAGGCUUUGGACGUUUGGCGCAUGGAGUGCAAGAUCGAGCUGCUGUUCGAAGAGGUGCUCAACCAUCUGAGAGGGAAAAAUCCGGUACUCUCCCCCGUCAUAAGCGAGCUUGGUGAUCUUGGCCUUGGCAGUGCAGGCAUGCCGGGCGUGGCCGAUGUGCAAGACGUUUUUGCCCAAUCCGGCUAUCAGCACAUGCCUCUUGGUGAGAAGCAGCAUGGAGAUGAGUUUGUAAGAGUUAGGAUGGCCGACGACACCCGGCAACUCCGGAAGGAGAACGGUGACUUGUUGCGAUCACAACCCGAGAAGCUGUGGAAGUGGCUGGCCGAACGAACAGGCCUGGCCAUGGUUCAGCGAAGUUCGGGCCUCCCAGAGGACUUCCCGGAGGAUGGCCCUUUCUCAGUUCGAAUGAGUGGCAUCGACAAAACGGCCACUGACGAGGACAUUGAGAAGUAUUUCGAGGAACGCGAUGUGAAGGUCAAGUCCGUGGAGCAGUUUGAUGUCCCGCGGCAUACGGCGCGCAUCGACUUCCAUGACAAGGCAUCUCUGGAGGUCGCCAUCCAGCUUAGUGGCCACAACCUCCUUCGGCGGAAGGUCAAGGUGGAACUGUGGACAGACAAUGACAUGG